AUGGCACAGAAUAAAAUCUCAAAGAGGAAGCGAAAUGCAAAGGCGCAGCAGGCGCAAAAGGCGGCCAAGAUGGAGGCGUCUUUGGCUAUCGCCGCCACGGAUGCUUUCGAGCCCAAGAACCUACACACUGUCAUUUCCGGCGAAGAGCUCGACAUUGCGACCGACACUCUAACGACGCUGGCCAAGUAUCCCAACCUGACUAAAUCAAAGCUUUGCAAAGACCUCCGCGUUGCCGUUUACGACUUUCGUCAAUCUUGCACCACGGGCGUCAACUCGGCUGAAGGCGCCAAUCUCACAGCCAGAGUCACCGCGGCUCUUAGCGACGAGAAAUACCUCGAGGCGAGAAUCCUUCUCGCAGAAAUGCGCCUGCGCAACGAGCAGCCAAAACUCGGUGCGCUCUGCCGCUGGGUGCGCGAUCUCGACGUCGUCUCCCAGCCGAAUGGAGUCAGUCUCGACAGCCCUGAGCGAUCUCCGAAAGAUAAAGAGCUGCUCGUAGUUUUGGAUGCUGUGAUGCGCGUUAGCUGUCCGGUUGAUAUGAAGGCGCCGCUGCCCUCUGAUCCUACCUCGCACAUAUCAUUCCAGCCGUCUUGGGACUUGCGCUCAUCCGGCUCACCCGACCCAGUUUACGCUUCUGUACUCGACAAGACCAUUUUUGCGGAAAAUCAAGACGUCAUCACGUCAUGCCUUCGGGUAUUAGAGACGGUUGCCGGCCACAUGCGAAAACCGCCGAACCGUCAUCCUGCGAUCUUAUACACCACGAAGCCCGAUACCAUACCGCUCUCCUCCGAGCACUCCCCAAUCUCAUAUCAUAAACAUCCGAACGUGCCAGAACUUAGCCUAAUGAAGGGUGUGCUUUCCUCCGAGGAAUGCAAAGCAAUCAUCGCGGCUGGUGAAGCUGUAGAAUUCUUGCCAGACGAGCCAGUUCGGGAUCGCGGCGACACAUCUGUUCUGGCGCACAAUUUUUACUGGGUUAUCGACACAGAUUUUCACGAUAAGCUAUGGGCACGCGUCUCUCCAUUCAUUCCCGCUGUGAUUGAUGGAAAGAAGGCGCGUGGUCUGAAUCGUCGGUUCCGGGUAUAUCGUUACGUCCCAGGAGCUGAGUACAGAAGCCAUAUUGACGGUGCCUGGCCGCCGUCGGGUAUCAGCGCCGACGACAGAUAUAUUUACGACGACUCGCCGCCCGAAAAGAAGCAGAGUUCUCUAUUCACGUUCCUGCUCUACCUGAAUGAUGAGUUUGAGGGCGGCGAAACAAUGUUCUUCUUACCGUCGCCGCGUGAGGGGACGUUGAAUGCAUACCCAGUGCGGCCAGUCAUGGGAGGCGUUGCGCUAUUUCCGCACGGCGAAACCAAAGGCGCACUUUUGCAUGAAGGCACCAGUGUCACCAAAGGUGCCAAAUACAUCAUCAGGACAGAUGUCGAGUAUGAUGUUGAGCCUUCAGAGCAAUGA